GGUGCCGCCGGUGACAGCGCGGCCAUGCUGCGCAACGGGGCGGCGGGCGCCGGCGGCCCCGCGGCGGGCGGCGCGGCGGCGCAGCGGCCCGUGCGCGUCUGGUGCGACGGAUGCUAUGACAUGGUGCACUAUGGCCACUCGAACCAGCUACGCCAGGCUCGGGCCAUGGGAGAUUAUCUGAUUGUUGGAGUCCACACGGAUGAGGAGAUUGCCAAGCACAAGGGCCCUCCUGUCUUUACGCAGGAGGAGAGGUAUAAAAUGGUGCAAGCCAUCAAGUGGGUGGAUGAGAUUGCUCCAGGAGCUCCCUAUGUCACCACACUGGAAACCCUGGACAAAUAUAACUGUGACUUCUGCGUGCAUGGUGAUGACAUCACCUUAACGAUAGAUGGCAAGGAUACAUAUGAGGAAGUGAAGAAAGCGGGGCGAUACAGGGAAUGCAAACGCACCCAAGGUGUGUCCACUACCGACCUCGUUGGCCGCAUGCUGCUCAUGACUAAGGCUCACCACAGCAACAUAGAUGAGGACCUAGACUGUCGGAAGCACACUGACAACUUUGGGAAGGGGCCAAAAGGUCACAGUCCCUGGACUGGGGUCUCACAGUUCCUGCAGACAUCUCAGAAGAUCAUCCAGUUUGCAUCAGGGAAGGAACCACAGCCAGGAGACACAAUCAUCUACGUGGCUGGAGCCUUUGACCUGUUCCACAUUGGGCAUGUAGAUUUCCUGGAGAAGGUUCACCAGCUGGCAGAGAAACCCUACAUCAUUGCUGGGCUGCACUUUGAUCAGGAAGUAAAUCGCUACAAAGGGAAGAACUAUCCCAUCAUGAACAUCCACGAGAGAACACUCAGUGUCCUGGCCUGCAGGUAUGUCUCAGAAGUGGUGAUUGGAGCCCCUUAUGCUGUCACUGCUGAUCUGCUGGAUCACUUCAGGGUAACAUUGGUGUGUCAUGGGAUGACUGAGGUGGUGCCAGACAAGGAUGGUUCUGAUCCAUACAAGGAACCGAAGAGGCGCAACAUUUUCCAGCUGGUGGACAGCGGCAGCAAUCUCACCACAGAUUUAAUUGUGCAAAGAAUCAUCAAGAACAGGCUGGAGUUUGAAGCUAGGAACCAGAAGAAGGAAGCAAAAGAGCUGGCUGUGUUGGAGGCCAUGAAGAGACUGGAAGAGGAGAAGCACUAGGCCAGCAGAGAGCUGAUGCGUGGAUCGCAGAGUGCUGCAGCCUCAUCCUCUUGAGGAGCAGAGAGCUCUUUGAGAGAGGACCCCUGAAAGGGAACACUGCUGCUGGCAUGCAGGAUGUGCUGUCCUACCCUCUUCUGUGCUAGCUCCUCCUGCACUAAUUAUGCAGAUAUAAUGAGUCGGGAUCCUGCUGCCUAGUUUUUCCUCCAUUAAUCAGCCCCCCUUCCCCUUUCCCAGGAGGAGAUCUGACAAAAGAAAAAAACCUCGGUUUUAAUUAUAACGAAUGUUUUAACAUGUUGAUGUGCUUUUACCUUCUGCCACUUCUGGCUUUUAGUAGGAGGGAAACGGAGCCAGUCACCCAGGCCCCCUCUGCCCCGCCAGGUUCGGCUGUCCUGACCCGAGUCUGGGUUCCAGAGCAGCCCUCUGGGCGGUGUUGGGGGCCGCUGGACAGACUGGUGAGAACGGCCUCCCCAGGAAGAGGGCACGGCACGCAGUUCCUCCUGCGAGCUUUUGGCUGGGGACACUGGGCCAUUGCUGUGCCGGCUGCUGGAGCUGCCAAUGGGCCCUGUGCUCUGGGGUUCACUGUGCUGCCUCUUCCCAGCUGCUGCCCCUGCACAAAUACCAGACCCAAAGUUCCUUUGGGUUUAGCUGGUUAAAGCCUCUCUCCGCUGUGCCAGCGCAUCGUUCGCUGCCCCAGGAACAGGCAGUGGCUUGGCAGCUGCUGAGAGGGGUGGGUGGCUGGUGGCACAGGGACCCUUGGUUCUGCGGUUUCCCUGGCAGGUUGAGGCAUUUCUCCGCACGAGGCACGGGAACCCUGAGGGCUUUUGCCAAAGGCUUUUCCUGUCCCGAGGCAGCAGGACCUGCUGCUGCGUGUAGACCGUGCUCAGAGCCCUGCUUUGCUGCUGCUGCCAGAGUACACCUCGUGCCUGACGGGUUAGCUAAGGGAGGGACCUGAAACUUCACUGCUGUUUUCUGAGGGCUGACAUGCAGCGUGCGUGCCCCUGCGGGGAGGUGCAGGACCUGAGGAGGAUGGGUGCUGGGCUGAGCCCCUUUCUGCCUCUUACAUUCCAGGGUGCUGUGGUGGGUGUCCUGGGCUGCUCCCUGCACUGUGCUGGAUGGUCCUUCCAUGCUGAUUCUGUUGUCUUCUCUGUUGUCAACUUUUGUUGCUGAUCAUUAAUAAAAUGUUGAAGAGUU